AUGGACGCACCAACAAUGCAACAGGUGGAUUCAUCCGCAAAAGUGGAUCAGCAACAGACCACAGAAACUCUGACAAUGUCCAUCUCUAAGCAUGAACCAUGGGCCAAUUUGAACACAGAUUUACUGCGGAUGUGUCACCUGAAUGACCGCUUUGCCAAGUACAUCAACAUCUGUUCCCUACCUGUGAACGAAGAGCUCAUGGUGGAGAACAAGGUGAUAGAAGCAUAUCAGGGAAAUGCUACUGUGAUCCGGACAGACACAACCAGGAUAAGUGAGGAGAACGUCAGCCUGAAGAGUAAAGUCAAAAUGUUGGAUGAGCAGAUCAUUGAAAUAACAAGAAGGUGGAAGAAGGAGAAAGAACUGAGAGAGGAAGCUGACAAAAACUAUUUAGCUUUUAUACAAAAAAAUAAAGCUAUCUAUUCACAAGUCCUGGAGUUGCAGAAACAAAUCGAGCUUCUGCAGGAGGAAAAAAAGGAUCUGGAGAUCAAGAGUGAACAGGGAGUGAGAAUCUCUAUGGAGACAAUAAAAUACACUGGUGGAUGUGGAAAUGGCGACAUGGUUGAUGGUGUCAAGAUUGACCUCAGUGAAAUAAGGGAAUAUGUUAGUUCCUUUAUUGAAAAAAGUGUUACUUCGAUUGAAGUGGAGUACAAAUCCAAGAUCACAGAAUGGGAGAUAAAAGUGAAGGAGAAAGAUGCAGAACUCACUGAAGCUACCACAAAGAUUAAGAACCUCUCUCUGCAGCUACAGAAGUACAUCUGUGAGAUAAAGUUCCUCGAAGAGGAAAACACCCAGAUAAAGAAAACAGAGGAAUUGAAAGAGCAUCAAUUUGAAAAACAUUUGAAAGAAAAGGAGGAAGAGAUAGAGAUUCACAUCAAGAACUACAGUCUUCUUUAUAGUGAAAGUUUGAAGAUGCAUGCAGAGAUUCUAAUGUACAAGAAACUGCUGGAAGUAAUGGGGAGCAGAAUCAACAUAUGUGACAAAGGCCAAUCCAUCUUCACUUCAGCAGGUAAGUAUCUUUCUAAAAACAACACUGUGUUGUGCCAAACAUCGCCGCUUGCCGCUAAAACCUCAUGUUAUCCUGGUGUCCACGUCUCCGAUAUUGACAUCAACUUCCCUCUGUUGGUUUAA